GACGCUGUUGUUUUUUGACGCGCCGCCAUUUUGUCUCCCAGAGCCGGUGUGUGUAAGAGUGUAGAUGUCCGCUCCGGAGUACUCGCCUUUCUUCGCCGUGAUGGGAGCCUCAGCCGCCAUGGUGUUCAGCGCCCUGGGUGCGGCCUACGGCACGGCGAAGAGCGGCACUGGGAUCGCGGCGAUGUCUGUGAUGCGUCCUGAGCUGAUCAUGAAGUCCAUCAUCCCCGUGGUCAUGGCCGGAAUCAUCGCCAUCUACGGGCUGGUGGUGGCGGUGCUCAUCGCUAACAACAUCAACGCCGACCUCCCGCUCCACAAGAGUUUUCUGCACCUGGGGGCGGGGUUGAGUGUCGGCCUGAGCGGAUUGGCCGCCGGAUUCGCCAUCGGCAUCGUGGGGGACGCGGGAGUGCGCGGGACGGCACAGCAGCCGCGCCUCUUCGUGGGCAUGAUCCUCAUCCUCAUCUUCGCCGAGGUGCUGGGGCUGUACGGCCUCAUCGUCGCCCUCAUCCUCUCCACCAAAUAGAGCUCCCAGCAUGCACUGGGGUGGGGGGGAGGGGCGACGGGCUGUGUCUCAACGUUUACCACCACACACACUCCGUCUCUCUCUCUCUCUGUGUGUGCGUGUCUCUUUAUGGGAAUUAUUUUUUUAUUUCUCACACUCCUGAUUGUGUGUGAGUGAAAGUGUUUUUAUCCAGUGGUUUUAUUUAUAUGUACACAAUGUGAUAGAAACAUUACACCUAUAAUUCAUUAUUAUUAUUAUUAUUAUUAUUAUUAUGAACUGUAAUGGUGUGUAUCGCAGUGUGUUUCUCUGUACUGAUGAUAGAUUGUAUUAAAGGUGUGUGUGUGCGUGCCUUUCCCAGGCUCACACAAUAAAUUUACACGUUUAACUGUG